ACCGCAUCGUAACCGGUUCCACUUGCGAACCGUAUAAAUCCGGUUACCGUGGUCAGACCGCCGGAUACGCUAGUUUGCACAAUGGCUCUGAAGCACGACGACGAGGCCGCGGUCGACGCGCCGGCCAUCGAUGUCGCUCGCGACCGGUUCCCGUUCUGCAUCGUGUGGUCGCCGCUGCCGGUCAUCACGUGGUUCCUCCCGUUCAUUGGGCACAUGGGCAUCGGUGACUCACACGGCGUCAUUUACGACUUUGCCGGCCCGUACCACAUUGGCGAAGACGAUUUUGCCUUUGGGCGGCCGACGCGGUACCUUCGCCUCUCGCUGCCCGAGAGCCUCUCGGCCGACGACUGGGACGACGGCGUCCGCGCCGGCUGCGCAGUCUACUGCAAGCGCAUGCACAACAUUUGCUGCGACAACUGCCACUCGCACGUCGCGCGCUGCUUGGAGUCUAUGGGCUUUCCACGCCCCUCUGGCGGCUGGAACAUGAUCUACCUCUGCUUCUACGUGCUGUUUUGCGGCUCGUUUGUCAACGCCAAGGGCGCGCUGCUUACAUGGGGACCAUUCCUCGCCCUUGUCGCGCUUGCGAUCCUAUGGCAUAUCGUCGCCUAAGCGCUUGACACUUCUACAUGGUGUUGUCUGUUGACUCUGUGUUCACUGCAAUAUAUGUUCGAGGGGUGGAAGAGACAGGGACCAAAACCAGAAUUAUAAAUUCGAAAUAUUGUUAGCUCGAGGUAAGUUGCGAAGCUUGCCGUAGAGUACCUUCCGUUA